AUGCCGAUCUGUAUUUGGGCCACGCCGCCUCCAGAGUGGCAUCAGGUUGUGCAACAGGCCGGCGAUGUCUUUGAUCGAGGCCCCGAUUUUCUGCCGGUGGACCCGACCAUCCCCGAACACGAUGCUGCUUCCGAGAUCCCACCAUCUCCCCCUGAAGCCAGUGUCUUUGAACGGGACAAUGGCUUGCCAUUCUUCCAUGAGACGCCAAUCCUCACAUGUUACUUUCUGGUUCUCUGUCCCAUGUACCACCAGGAAGUUAUCACCUUGGCCGUGAGAGUCCCAGGAGAAGAUGCAUCCUUCCUCCUCGGUGAGAUACGCUCAGCACUAUGUGAACUGAGGCACGACUUCGCUCGGGAUGUUGUGGCGACCACACCUCAGCUGCACCCUGGUUUUGGGUCGGUCGUUUUGGGGGGCUCUUGGCUAGAAGCGGAACGGGAGGUCAUUGUGAUCUAUGACUUCAGACAGGUAGGUGGUCCAGUGUACGCUAAGCACAUCUGUUUGGACGCCCGAUACAGCGAUGUUCUUCAGGAAGCCAGAGAACAAAACCUACAGGAUUUUGAGGUUUAUCUUUUCGGCUCUGAUACUCCCUUGGUGAGCGGAUACGGUUUUCGAGCUGUACAUGGCGGGAUCAUACAGAUCGUCCAUGUAGGCCGUUCCCCAGUUUGGUACGGUUCGUUCCAGGAUAAGCUGAUGGAUAGGAAUGCCUGGUUUGCAUUUCCUCUCACAAAUGCCUUGCCCCCGUCGACCACCUACGUCAUGGAUGAGUUCAAGGGCGUCAUAUUGGAAUCUGAAGAUAUCAUGCGUAAGCCCGAAUCUCCUCCUGAUAGGGAGGACAUUGCAGCUGCGCUUGGUUAUGACGCUGUGCGCAUUACCUGUGAAUCCCCUUCCUGGAAUCGUCUGCAGGACAUUGAGUGUCGGGGCACUCUCUGCGCCUUUUGCGUUGCCCUUCAGCACGCUCCUCCACCGACUACAGAAGAGAACAGGGGGAUCUUUAUCUUCGUGGAUGCGCGACAAGUAGGGCGCAUGCCCACUUUCACAUGGACCCUUCGAAACCCGGUCUCGCUUGGGUACCUGGCGCGUUUUGCGGGCAUUCACAGGACCCCCAAUGGGUUCCAUCUCUCUGUCCUGGGGCGUUUCACGGGUGUCGAUGGGGAUGAAGUUCAUGUUCACCAUGGAGAUACAGUUGUGAUAGGUUUCAGGGCUGACGGUGCUUCGGAUAUUGAAUCCAGCCAGGAUGAUGAUGACCUUGGCCCACCUGCCGAUGAUUCUAGUGGUUCAACGUCCGUGCCAGGACAUCUUGAUUCUGACGGUAGUAAUGGGGAUCAAGGCUCGUCUUCCAAUUCUGCAUCCAAUAGCCGUAGCCGGUCUCCCCGAGGAUCUCCGGGGCCAAUUGAGGGGCUCAGAUAUGUCAUUCACGCCAGCCAUAUCAACUUUCAAUUUUGCAGAAAAGUCGUGAAAGCUCUAUGUUCCCAGUGCAGCAGCGUGUUCCCACGCUGGCCCACCAAGGGCGUUUCUUGGAGUGUUGUUGACCCUCCUGCACCACUCCUCGCGGCUUCUGUAUCAUGCACCACUGAUCUCUUCACACCAGGGAUGGAAUGUAAGAUACCACCAGAGUAUCGAGUUCGUAUGGGCCCGAACAGCGCAAGUGAGGACGAUCCGGCCCCCGGAGGCCGUCCACGACAAGAGCCACUUGCCAAUCCCCCUGAGGAUGACCAGGCCUUAGAUCCAGAACCCGAACCAGACUCUGAAGAUGACGAUUCGAGCGAGGACCUCUAUCAAGCUUCAUUUCUGGUUCUAGUCCCGGAUAGCAUUCCCGAGCAGCUAGAUAUAAUGCUCUCUGUUUCGGAUGGGGUGCCUGAACUACUGCAAGCUGUCAUGGACUGUCGGGACGAGACCUUGUACCUGCAAUAUCCCGAAGUGGUGCCUGCAUCGCCACAGCCGGACAGUCAUUGGGGGACCUUGCUCGCUUAUCCUGCGUGGGCUGAUAACGAGCAUAUCGCGUGUUGUGACUGCCGUGGCAUCGAUGGCCGACUCUUUGCAAUGGACGUGCCUUUGGCUGCUACCAAAGCUCAGUUGUGCCACCUGGCGGGAAUCCCGGACGACACAGACGUCCAUGUCUUCGCAUACGGGAGCGGUCGCCCCUUACUUGCCGGAGAAGAGGCUGAGUAUCUCCGGGGAGGUACUAUCACGUUCUCUCGUUCUGCGCGCCUGCCGCGCAGGGGUCUUGACCUGUCACAGAUGCUUGCGCGGCCGCAUCUGUGGGAAUAUGCUCCGCACUUACCAAUGGGGCCUAUUGGCCUACAUUACUGCUGCAUCAGGAACGGCGACUCGCGCUUGAUCACUGUCCGUCAGGAUACUGCAGCUGAGAUGUCUCGGGUAACCGCUGAGGUCACAGGUCUUGAGGUGCACAAUUUCAGCUUGAAAGCACCGGCGCAGAGAAUCACCGAUGCUGCAGUUAGAGGUUUCCAUUGCCAGGAUGUGCGUGCCGUUUAUGUGCAUGAGGCUGGCGGUGUUGCGGAGAACCCGCCAUUAGCUUUCGUCGAUUGCAGACCCCUGCUGCAAGGGUGGUAUGUUCUGCCUGCUGAGGAAGGAUUUUUGAGCCACUCCGAUUUGGUAACGCAGUUGGAAAUCUUCGCUCCGGCGGGAUGGCAGGCACAGCUUGAUAAUGUUGAAGUCCAUGGGGACAUCAUCCCUGUCCAGCCAGGUACGGUUAUACUUGCGACUUAUGUCCCUGUCACUACCGACGAUGAGGGAGAUGGCCCGCAAACCUCUGUUGCUGCUUCAGUUGCAGCGGGCCCCACUUCACCCAGCCCGGAGAGUGGCAGAAGUCGCUCCCCAGCUCCAACCGGGCCGGCAUCUGCUGAUACCCCAGAUGGUGAUCUGCUUGAGUUUGUGGUCGCGUCCUUUUUCAUCUUUGCCCAGGAUGUCCAGUCUGAGACUGUCAGCUUGCGUUUGCCAAUUCCCAUAGAACCCGACCAAGCUAUUGCGCGAGCCAAUGCGGCCCGCGAACCUCGUCUCCGCGAGAGAUUUCCGCUCUUGUUGGAGGUGCACCCACAGCCGUGGGAACAGGCGGCCACGCUAGUGGCUACUGCUGGCUGGGUGCAAGCCGGGGUUUGCAUUUUCGUUGACCUGCGGCAGAUCAAUGAAAGGUGCUUCGCGAUGUCUGUGCCGCGGGCCAUAGACUGUGUGUCACUUCUCCGAGCCAUCGGCGUAGCUGAACACGACAGCUUCAGCGUCUUCUUGCGUGAUAUUCCUUGGGCAAUCCCCCCCACAAUGGUGGUUAUGCCGCGUCCUGGGGAUCUUCUGCAAGUGGUCCCAGCACAUGCGUUGGGGUCGAUCCCCUUAUCGCUUGGAGAUAUGCUGCGAUCCGUCCAUAGGUGGGACCCGGCAUGGGAACCGUUCGGGACUGUUGAAGACAACCUUUGGGUUCUUGCUGGCCUUGAGCACUUUUCCUUUUGGGUUGAGCCUUCCCGACAUCUCCAGGUGCGCCCCGACCUGGCACGGGCGGUCGGGAUUGUUGAGCGCUGCAUGAUCAUGUCUGUUGCCACUCCAGCAAUUACAGACCAUGCUUUUCGGGGAAGGCCUUCACGCAACGUUGUUGCGAUCACUGAAUCAUACAGCGGCCGUUUUCACGGGGCGUUGCGACCUCCGAUCUGCAUCUUGGACCUUCGUGCAAUCUCCCUGGGUUUCUCUUGGUACGCGGUGCCAGGAGGUUACCUUUGCCAUCAACGGAUUGUGGAUCGUUUCCAGCCUCGUUGCCCUGAUGGCCACGAAGUUGCCAGACUCAUGCCAGACGGAUGCGUGCGGCGUCUCCUCGCCCCAAUACCGGUCCAGGAUGGUGAGGUUGUGUGCCUUAUUUUCUUUGUGCCUCCACCUGGUGACUUGUCCAGUUCGGACGACAGCGACCAGGAUAGCAAUGGUGCACCCGAUGAGGAUGACGAGGAGGAUCCUGCAGAGAGGGCGCAGCCCGAUACCGCUUCCCCUCCCUCAGGUGAGCCCAGUGCUUCGUCUGAGAGCACUCCCGACGGCCACCAUGCUGGCACCGGUAAAGCGCCAGGGCCCCUUCCUACGCCAUGCCGCGCCGGUUCCGACGUCAACUUACUCGGUCUGCCCCGGACCUCUGAUGGGGGGCGUACUGAUGACACAGACUUGUCACCAAUGCCAGAAAUUGGGAACCAGGCUGAGCAACCAGUCGCGGAGCCUCCUGCUUUACUUCCGCCCCUACCCGCUGACGGUUCGGAGGCCGAUGUCUCUAUCGCUGCUUGGCCAGCUGGUCUGAGUGUUGCGGCAUACCCCCAGGAAGCUGCCGAGGUUCUGGGGGCUGACAUGGAUCAAGAGCUUGCCUUUGAUCAAGUGGCUUUGGGUUUUACUCCCAGGCAGAUGCAUGCACUAUUCCGGCCUUCUUUCCAGAGUGCAUCACUUGCCGACCUUCGGGACGGCAUCCCUCCUGAGCAAGUCGCUCUCCGUGCCAAGCUCUCUGCUCUGCUGAGCAGUAAUGGGGAAGAGCUGCCUGAGGGUUUGGUCUGUUACACUGAUGGGUCCUUCACUCCCCAUGUUCAAGUCGAUAAGCAGAAGGCGGGGUGGGCCUGCGUCUUUUUCCAUAAAGGCCGUUGCACCUGCGAUGUCGUUGCCGGUAUUCUACCGGAUUGGUGCCACAACCCAACGGGGGUGUCUGCAUUUCAGGCUGAAUGUUGUGCGCUUAUUGUUGGUUUGUGGUUGGGUGUUGCAGUGUCACAUGGAGAUGCUUUCACCAUCCUCUCGGACUGCCAGGCUGCAAUUUCUAUCGCUUGCGGUGAAGGUAUACCUCAUACCGAGGGAGUUGCCACGAUCUUGGGACAUGUGGCUCGGUGCUGCCGCGCAGCAACCCUCUGCCCUCCUGCAGUCAUCUACUCUCCUGGGCAUGCCAGCGUCCUUGGAAAUGAAAUUGCUGAUGUUGCAGCAAAGGCUGCUGCGGAAGGCCAAUCUGUUGGUAGCCUGCAGUGGCACUCUCCCCAAGGCCCGGCUUGGUGGGCCAAUCAAGGAUAUCUGUGGUCCUGGGGUGCCGUUGUCUGUAGUUGGGCGCAGGGUGACGAGGCCCUACCCUCGCCACUUGCAGACGAUUUGCGAAGCGGUCGGCACAUGAAGCAAAUGGAAGCAGAGGAAGUAUUGGCGCCUUUUCUUCCCAACCAGACUAGGGGCGAGACCGACCGCACACAGGGGCAGCUGUGGCUGCGUUUUGUCUCGUACAAUGCACUUUCUUUGGCUACGGAGAAGCGAGGGCCUGCUGAGGAAGGUCUUUCCUUUCAGCCAGCCAGACCGGCCCUACUUGCGAAUCAGCUCUCCCUGGCUGGUGUGACUUGUGCAGCUAUCCAGGAGGCAAGAACUGAGGAGGGGCAUCUCACGACAGGGCAGUAUCUCCGCUACUGCUCAGGUGCCCAGAAAGGGCAUCUUGGUGUGGAGCUGUGGUUCCAGCGCGGUGCUGUCUUGAUACACUUCCCCGGUACGGACCGACAGCAUGUUCGCUUUGAUCCCAAUCGCUUCGUUGUCCUUUUCAAAGACCCGCGCCGCCUUGGGGUUCUCUUCAAGCAAGGAGGUUUCCAGGUUGUCUUUGUUGCCCUGCAUGCGCCACAUCGGGGUAUGACCCCGGAGGAGCUUAGCACCUGGUGGCGGGAGACAGAGGAACUUGUCUUUCGGGUUUCUGGCGGCCGCCUCUUGAUAAUAGGGGCCGACUGUAAUGCUAGCCUAGGCUCAGUUGAAUCAGCCCAUGUGUCCUCACACGCAGCAGAGUUGCAAGAUCUGUCUGGUGAUUUGCUUCAUUCAUGCUUGAAGAAAUGGGGUGUUUGGGCCCCGGCCACAUGGGCCAGCAUUCAGCGUGGUCCGACAUGGACCUUUGUGCAGCGCCGGAAUGGAGCUCGAGCCAGGCCGGAUUUCGUUUUCUUGCCAUGCGAAUGGGCAGAUGGGCAUGUCACCACCUGGACCUCCCCAGAUGUCGUAGCUGCGAACAUGGUCAUUGAUCAUGUGGCCACCGUUGCGGAGGUACGAUUGCACCUCCGCUGCUCCGCUGGUGCCAAGCGUGCUGACACCAGGCGAUUCCAUGCCCCCUCUCUUGCCAAGCCGGAGAACCAGGCUGUUAUCCGUGGCAUCCUUGAGUCGGCCCCACGGCCCGAUUGGUCCGUCUCGGCCCAUGCACAUGUCACAACGGUUACCAGCUACCUCCAAACCGAGCUUGCCGCGGCGUUCCCCCAGGAGUCGAGGACUCCCCUGCAUCCCUACCUGUCUUCCGAAGCCUGGGAUCUUCAAAAACAGGUCGCCUGGCUUCGGCGCAAAUGCGCGGGUGUCCGUGACAUGCUACGCCACCAGACCCUUCUUGCUGUCUUCCAUGCCUGGUGUGGGUCCGGGGAAGCUGAGUCGCACAGUUCAGCCUGGUUACGUGACUGUCAGGUUGCCGAAGCCCUGUACGGAUUCCGGCUAGGAGUCUUUGCCAAGGCUCUCAGGGCUAGGUGCAAGAGCGAUCGUGUUGCAUACAUUGCUCAGCUUGCGGAUGAGGUUCAGGACAACAAGGUCAGUUCCUUCCAGGCCGUCAACCGGCUCCUCUGCCGGCGUCGCAAAAAGCCCUACGCCCCGGCCGUGCUCCCUGCCAUUGUUGGAAAGGACGGGAAGGUCUGCGACACGCCGGAAGCUGUUCAGCAGCGAUGGCGUGACCAUUUUAGCGCCCUUGAAGAUGGCUUGGAGGUUACCCCCGAAACGCUCUUGGCCGGAGCGCUUGAGCAUGAUGUCCACAGUUGGCCUGAUCCACCCUCUAUUCGGGAUAUUCCUACGCCGCAAGAUCUCCAAUGCGCGCUUCUGUCCGCUAAGCGGGGGAAAGCGCCAGGUCCUGAUGCACUUCCAGGUGAAUUGGGGAUCCUCUUCUCUUCUGAUGUCGAGAGGAUCCUCUUUCCUCUCAUCCUCAAGCUGGGAUUGCUCGGAGAAGAAGGCUUGGGCCACAAGUGUGGCGCUCUCACGUGGCUGUGGAAAGGUAGGGGGUCAAAGUCAGAGUGUGAGUCGUACCGUGGGAUACUACUGCUUUCCAGUCUCGGAAAGGCGGUGCAUCGAGCGUAUCGGCCGCGCAUACAGCAGCACUUCACCACCACUGCCUCUCCCUUACAGCUUGGGGGGCGUAAGGGUUGCAGCGUUGUGUUCGGAUCACAUGCUAUGCGCACCUACAUGCGUUGGUCUGCCAGCCAGGGUCAGACGUCAGCUGUGGUAUUCGCAGAUGUGUCCUCUGCCUACUACUCCACUGUUCGAAGUCUUGCUGCGAAGCUCCCCUCUUCCAGCAGUGCGGCUCUUCCUGAGACCGAGAAUGCCGUCUUGGAUCUGCAGGAGCAGCUACGCAUGCCCAGUGCGAUGGAAAGUUCGGGAGCCAGCCCUUGGCUCCGGGCCCUGACUGCUGAGCUGAACCAUGGGACUUUCAUGUGCCUGCAAGGUGAUGAUAUCCCGAUAGCUACCAGGAGGGGAACCCGACCGGGGUCGGCAUGGGCCGAUCUCACUUUCGGUGUCGUGAUGGCCAGAAUUCUCCGGCUUCGUGAUCUGUGUAAGCAGGAGGCACGGGGAGCUGCCACCCAGCCCAAGGUUCCAUGGGACGGCUACAGACAUUGGGGACCACCGGGAUCCCCACGACAGCAUGUUUGUUUGUCCGACCUCAUCUGGGCCGAUGACCUGUCCACAUGCCUCCACACACCACAGGCUGCAGGGGUGGCCACGGCAGUCACUGUGGAAACUGCUGCGCUGGCAGAUGCCUUUGAGUCGCAUGGGCUCAGCUUAACAUUUGGUCCUCGCAAGACAGCCGCUUUGCUAUGCCCCAAAGGACCAGGAUCCAAGAGCGCAGCUCGCAGUUUGUUUCAAGGUCGAUCAGAGCUCUGCGUUCUGCGUGAGCAUUCUGGCGCAGCUGCACUUCCGCUUGUGGCUACCUACAAACACUUAGGAGUGCUACAGGCGAAAGAAGGACGCAUUGGUCCCGAAAUCCGGGCCCGAGUUGCUGCUGCCUGGAGUGCUUUUCGUGAUGGACGCACCAAAAUCUUCCGGUGCCGGCGCAUAUCGCUGGCCAGACGAGGUGCCCUCCUGCAGACACUGGUAAUCAGCAAACUGGUUUUCGGUGCGGGAGCAUGGCCACCUCUGUCAGUGGGCGAUCGUAAGGUCUUUGCUGGUGCUCUUUUCUCUCUGUUUCGGUUAUGCACCGAUGCUCCAGAUGCUGUUUGGGCGCUGCUGCGGCAAGACCCCAAAUACCUGGAGGUUCUACGGGAAGCCCUUGAUUGGCUCUUUGCACGUGUCCGUGCUACGUGUGAUUUGGGGCACCCGCGUGACUGUGUGGAAACCUGGGUCGGGCUCAUCAACAGCCGCCCAAACAUCUACAAGGGCUUUGUCAAGCGAGCACAAGGGCUUGAGCAGUGUCGCAUUGCUUGCUGGGCUGCUCUGCAGGCGUUUCAUCGGGCCCUUCUGCACAGGAGCGCAGGUGAGAGCCUACAGCCAGACCUGCCCGAGGCACAUUUCGUUGAGGCAUGUCUGCUCUGUCGCAAGGGGUUUAUGAGUCGGGCCGCCUGGGCCAUGCAUUCUUCUAAGAAGCACGGGUACAGGCUCGCUGCAACUGCCUUGGUUCGGGAUUCCCGGAAUUCCUUUUGCUCUGGCUGUGGAAGGCAGUACGCCAAUGAUGCUCGCCUUCGUCGACAUUUGUUGCAUGCCUCUGAGUGCCGUAGACGGUGGGGGUCGGCCAUCCCUGCAGAGGGCAAAUUGCGAAGUGCCCCUAAUGUUGCUGAGCCACCUCGUGAGGUCUCAUCCUCCUGGCUUGAGGGCGGGGUCGAGCUCGAUCCGGCAAGUUACAACGAUAGCCUUCUUCAGUCCCUCGUGGCCUUGCAGAACCCGACUGCCGAGGGGGCUUGGGACUUGGUGUCGAAAUGUGUCGAGCCCCUAUCUGUGCUGCGUGAGACACUCCGAAUCUGGGUGCAGCGCUGCGGCCACGAGUCAGGCGUGACUUCAGCCGCAGAGGAUGCUACGCUCAUGCUAGAUCCAAUCCUUUGCUGUGACACCUUCUGCCGCACUAAGUCGGUUGCCCCAGUUGCGGACUGCUGUGCGGAGCUUCCAGGCCCACUGCCAGAUACCAUCCCCUUCAUCCUUACCGGCCAAUCUUCUGUCUUUCACAUCGGGGCUCCACCUUGCCCAGCCUUCUGUCACCCUUUUAUUGGGGGCGCUCCCCUUUCGGCGGCACGGAAGCAGGCUGCGUACGUGGAAGCCACACUCGAUGUGUUAGGCGCGGCGGUACAACAAACUGCCAUAUCCCGUGUGCGCAUUGACUUUUCCCAGAAUGCCCUUGCGUGUCUCGAGCCAGCCCCCACCUGGCUGAUCUCUGCCGGCUUUCGGAGCGGGAAUGGUGGUCUGCACAGCCCACAGGCUCUCAUCGGAAACGUCUACGGCUUCACUUUGGCUCACGCCAAGGUGGCAGAGAAGGCUCGGGAUGAGUUGGAGCAGUUGGCCGCCCUUUUGGGACGAUGCAACUGUUCGCAGAAGCAGAACUUAGCCUUCCUCCAACUUGAAGGUGUUACGCAUCGGGCUCCGUUCCACCUAUCAGAGGACGAGAUUGCAGCCAUGGUCCAAGAUCUGAAUACAGGCUUGGUAUCCUCGGGCACCCAGGUGCAGGCAGAUUCCGUCGCACGGCAAGGCUUGGAGGAUGACAGCGCCGUCGAAGACCUGGUCAGGCAGGUCGAGGAGCUUGAGAGAAAGGUCGACGACCUAGAGGAGGCCAGGUCAGCAGCCGAUCGCGGCUUUCGAGAGGCUCAGGCGAGCCUUGUGGAAAAGACGCGGGCAUCCAGCAAAGAAUUGUUUGCAGCCAAGAUGAAGGCGGCACGGGCAGAAGAAGAUGCCGCGAAGCGCGCCAGGGCGCUGGUGCGGCAGCAGGAGUAUGCCUCCGCGAUGCUGGCGGAGCAGGCCCCGACGGAGCAACAUCAAGUUGAGUGCUACGAGUUGCCGUGUUCUCAUGGCUGGAUCAUGAUCCUGACGUCGACGAAAAUUACGAUGGCGAUGAUGAUGGUGAUGACAUGA